ACGAUUGUAAAAUGGUAGAUACCCGUAACCCUUAUAAUUGUAGAUGUUUUAUUUCGUUUUUUGUAAAAAAAUAAAAAUAUGACAACAAUAAUAAACCAAAAAGAGUAUUUAAAGAAAUAUUUGGGUAAGAGGAGAGAGCCUGGCGAAAAAAAAAGAAAGAAAAAAAAACCCAAAGUGAUUUUAAGUGGUCUCAAAAUCGUCGACGACAACGUAGAUAUCAAGUUGGAUGAAGAAAUUAAAAUCGAUCUGCAAGCCAAUAAUGAAGAAGCUCCACAAAUAGUGGCAGUUAUUGAUGAUCGUCCACCAUCCCUUAGAAUUGAUGAAAAGACCAGAAAUAAAUUAUGGAAACCCAUUGGGGAAACGAACGAUAGCAUUAAACUAGAAAUGCCCAUUAAAUUUGAAGGUGGGUUUAAACUAAAUAAGUUGCAUACAAAAAUGCUUAAUAGUCCACCUCAUUCACACUCUAACUCUCACAAAGUAGUGAAACAGGAAAUAGUAAAUGUAGAAUAUGAUGACCAUUCACCCUCUCAUGCGGAAAAUAAGUUACAAUUAAUAUCCAGACCCAUAAAAGAAGAAGAUGUAACUCCACCCAGGAGUCAGUUUUCAGAUAAUUCACCGCAACGGAAGGAAAGCAAUAGAGAUAUUUCACCUCUUAGAAAAAGAAAGACGCGAUUUCAGGAUAUCUCGCCUCCACCUGUACCAAAAGACAACUUUAUUACAAAAAAUGAAGAUAACUCACCUCCAAGAAGAAUCAGUAGAGACAUGUCACCUCCCAGAAAACCAUUCCAGGGUUCGUCACUGAAGUCUACAACAAAUUCUUCAAGGUGGGUUGAAGAUAAUUCCCCACCCCAUCGAAAGCAGGGUACUAGAUCACCUCAAAGAAAAAUAAAAGAUGAUAUAGACAGUUUGCACUAUAAAACAUCUAAAGGUGAGGAUAGGCCUCCUUCAAGAAGGAUAAAACAAGGAAGUCCAGAUAAGUCACCACCUAGGAGACCCAGAAGUGGGAAUAGAGAUGAAAGUGAAGAUAAUUCUCCACCCAGAAGACACAGACAUGAUAACAGGUCGCCUCCAUGCAAAUUGAAAUGGGAAAUUCCAAGUAGUUCCUCCAGUAGAAGUCACAGGUCUCCUUCAAAAAAAAGAAAAUAUGAGAUUGCAUUUAGUUCAAGUCUAGGAACCAAUAGAAACGCUGCUAGAUCACCUGCAAGAGACAGUUGCCCUCCCACAUUUUCAAAAAACAAUAUCAAGUCUCCUCCAAUAGUUGUCACACAAGAAGAGGCUGAAAAUUCCCCUAAUAAAACUGUUGUGGUGCGCAGAAAAGCAAACCAAAUGGUAGACCCAGAGGAACAGGAAAGAAGACUGCAAAAAGAAAAAGAAAAUAAAGAAAAGUAUGAUAGGUGGGGUAAAGGAUUGAAGCAAGUUGAAGCUCAAGGUGUAAAAAUUGCUGAAGAAUUGCAUGAGAUGAGCAAACCAUUGGCCAGAUAUGCUGAUGAUGAAGACCUGGAGAAGUACUUGAAGGAGCAAGAGAGAGAGGGAGAUCCAAUGCUUGCUUAUAUAAGGAAGAAAAAGAAAAAGGUUGCUAUUGAAUCUGGAAAGCCCAUGAAGCCCCAGUUUGAAGGGGAAUACAUGCCUAACCGUUUUCUGAUUGCUCCGGGAUACCGUUGGGAUGGGGUGGAUAGAUCUAAUGGUUAUGAGAAGAAAUAUUUCGAUAUUCAGAAUUCGAGAAAAGCGGACGUCGAGGAAUCUUACAAGUGGAGUACUGAAGAUAUGUAACAUUCAACCUUUAGAGAUAGAUAUAUUUUUUGUAAAUAUAGAUUACAUUAUAUAUUGUUAUACCUUGUGGGUCCUACCUGUAACGAGCAAAAAAAAAAAAGACGGAACAAUCUUCAGCUAACGGCAAAGAAAUUUUCAUAUAUAUAUGGAAUAUGUGAUUGAGGUUAGUCAACACGUCCUAAAUAAAUGGUGAAAAAAAGUUAUUAAGUUUGGCAAUAUGUGUUUGGUAAAAUUAUGAUUCAAGUUGUGGCCGAAAUAAAUUUAUUUUGUUUACUGUUGAUGCCCUAGUUUUAUUUCACCAUCCCCCGUG